AUGUCUGCUUUCAGAGCUUUUAUGAUUUAUGAUUACCAAAGAAGCUUUUUCUUCCUAUUCAUACGAAGAGGUUUCUAAGUUACUCCAAAAUGGAAUGAAUGUAGAAAAGCAUUAGAAACAAAACUUCAAGAAAUGGUCAAAGAACCCAAAGACACUUUUGAGUAAUCUUCACCAUAUGGAGUUUUUAAAUGUAAAUAUGACAAAAAGAACAGUAACUUAUUUAGAAUAAACAAGAAUGUUACUUCAUUUUAUUGAGCAGCAACGAAGUUCAAGAAGUUUUUCAAAAUUCAGUUUUAGAUGAAAUUUAUAAAAUCAUAGAUAAAGCACCCAAUUAUUCAAAAGUAUAUUGUAAUCGAAAUACUAGAUUAAAAAAGAGGAAUUAGAAUAAAAGGAGAGUGAAACAAUCAAGAAUCUGCUAGAAACUAAUGAAAAUGAAUAUGUUAAAAAAUAUGGAAAAGUAAAGCCCUUUGAAGAGUCCAAUGAAUCUAAAGUUAAUGAUGAGAAUCAAUAGAAAGUAUUUAUGACUUAAUCAAGUGUAGAGCAUUAUAUAAUCAUAACCAAAAAUUGUAUCUUAAAUUAAUGGAAAAUAAAAUCAAAGACCACCCUCCCAACUUCAAAAUACAUCUGCUAUUUACAAUUAAAGUUAAGGAUUUAAUUCUGAUAAAGAUCUGAGUUCUGACACUCUCAUUAAAAUAUUUAGAUGCUUUCUUAUGUGGGAUUACAAUAGACAAUUCUUUUUUAUGUUCAUUCGAAGAGGAUUUCCAAUUGAUAAAACCUGGAGUCAAGAGAGAGUUAAAUUAGAAAAUUAACUCAAAGCAAAAUAAUUAGAUCCAAAUGAUCCUAAAGCAAAACCUAAGGAACCUCCUGAACAAUUUGAUUACAGAGGCAAUUUUGGAUAAUAUAAAGCAAAAUAUGAUAAAAAAGCAAGUAAAAUAAUUUAUUUACUUUCAAGAAUGCUAUUUUAUAUUGCUUUCAAGAUUUAAAAUUAAAGAAGAACCUUAAAUUAAACUACUAGAAGCAUUAUAUAAUGAGAUCUAAAAAGUAGAUAAAUACAUUACAGUAAUAAGUUAAAAUGAUAUUUUAGUUGAAAUAUGAUGAUUUAGAAAGUAAGAAAAAAGGACAUUUGGAAAAAAUCAUAGAUGAACAUGAGAGGGAGGCGUAAAAUCAAGUGAAUCAAAGAUUUAUUGACACUAAAAUAAUGGAAUCAAAAUUAGGUAUCCUUUAAUCGCCAGAAAGAAAUCUUUAAAGAGAACCUGAAGAAAGUGUAUCACCAUAAAAUGGAAGAGCGUCAAUUAAUGGCGUGUCCUAAAAAUAACUUUCAAUAGUCACUUAAAAUCAACCCUAAUAAAUUGAAUAAUAGGAAAGCAAAAUACUAAAUUCAAAAUUAUUAUAAUAAAAAUCCUUAUUUAGUUAGCUACAGUAACCAUAAGAAUUAGAACAAUAGUAGCAGAAGGUUUUUACAUUAGAAAAAUAAGAGAUUCAAGGUGAUCCUAACCCUACAGCUAAAAAAGAUAAUCUUGAUCUUAAUUCUAACCAAGAUGAUCCUGAAGCUAUUCCUAUCAACUAAGAAGAUGGCUUAUUAGAAUAAAGAAUUAGUUUGUAUUAUACCAAACCAUUAAAUGUUUCUUAAUACAUUAAGUCUGGAAAUUGA